CCGACAUUAAAGCAAGUCUAGCUAUCGUACUUCGGUACAAUCUUGAAACGUAAAUAUUAAGAAUGGUGUUGCUAUAAGGAGAAAAUCAUAGGACAUGACAUAACAUGCGAAACACUGUAUGCUGAUUUCAACAUCUUGGUGAACGGGCUCAUGUGUCAUGGAAGCACGCCUCCCUAAUGACUACGACCGCAACAACACCUAUGACGAUGAUGACGACGAUGACGAUGAUGAUGAUGAUGAUGAUCUUGAUGGCGAUGAUGAUCUUGAUGGAAAAGUAACUACAAAAUUGGUUUUGAUGCUGAUGAUGAUGUUGUGCUUCCCCGUCUGCAUUUUAUAUCGUAGAAGACACAAAGCUAUCAGUAUGUCCGCUCCAUCCGAUGCGCCACCAUCUGCACGAUCCGACGAGCUACCAUCCACAUCAUCCGACGAACCACCAUCUGUAUCAUCUGGCGAGCCUCCAUCCACACCAUCCAACGUAACACCCAGACGAUCGCUGCCAUGCACACCAAAAUGUUCACAUCUUCGAAGUGAAAGGCGCAUGAUGAGACUGGGGGCAUCCUCCGGUAUUGGAGAUGGUUGAUGAGAGUGCUCUCUAGACCAUAGGUCGUAUGGACAUCAUAUGUACAUUGACACUAAGCACAUAUUUCUUGAUUUUGUAACGUGAAAUAA